ACGUACGCAAUGGUCGGCCUGCUUCUCCUCUACGCUAACAUUUUCUCGGUGACUUACAGAUUGUCCUGACCAGCGCUUCACUAGACGCACACAACCCACCGACCAGUUUCAGACGCAACCAUGGCUCCAGUAGACACCUUCUUCGAGCUGGUCCAGAACCGUCGCUCCAUCUACACCUUGUCCAAAGAGUCGACCAUUCCCGACUCACGCGUGGAAGAAAUCGUCAAGGAGGCCAUCAAAUGGUCGCCAUCGACGUACAACGUCCAAUCCGCCCGUGCUGUCGUCUUGCUCAAAGGUGAGCACGACAAACUCUGGGCCAUUGUCAAAAAACACAUGGACCAGGUUCCCUUGGACGAGGGCAUGAAGACCUACAUGGCCGGCCGCAUCAAGGGAUUCAACGAGAGUUACGGCACUGUCAUGUGGUUUGAAGACCAGGACGCACUGCACGGUCUGGGCGAGAAGCAUCCUAUGACCAAGCCCCUAUUGACCGAAUGGUCGGACCACUCUUCUGGGAUCCAUCAAUUCAUCGCCUGGACUGCUCUUGAAGCAGUAGGGCUCGGUGCCAACCUUCAACAUUUCAACUUCCAUCCUGGUAUUACAGCUGAUGUCCUUUCGACUUAUGGGCUGCCCGAGUCGUGGAAGCUCAAGGCUCAACUUGUUUUUGGCAAGCCUACUGGAGGACCGGCUGAGAAGACGUUUGAGCCUCUUGAAAAGAGAGUUCUUGUCAAGGGAUAGAUACCCAGAUCGAGAAUGUAUGGUAUAGAAUCAGCAAGGAGGCGAUACUGUGGACGUCUUGCAAUGAAAUAGAUAUUGGAAUCAGACCACUGAUCAGUCUACCUGUCUACGAGUACUGAUAGCAAUGCUUACUCUCUACUCUCUUUACCCCUGGAGAAACGUGGUCAAUCAAGGCCAUGUCCCCAUCGGGCUUAGUGCCGUCUAAUAUUGGCGGCCCUUCUUUUUUCAACGAAUUGUCCUUUUCCC